ACAAUUUGGACGCUCAUAUAUGUAUGUGGCCACGUCACUUUGGCUCUCUUUGUUUCUCUCUUUUGUGCCGACAUUCUACGUACAUAUAGGCGGCACAACACCAAAAAGUUUUAACUCGUUGGCAAAACAAGUGAAAAUUAAACAAAUACAGUAGACUGUAAGGUGUCAGCGCAAUAAUCAAGCAACAACAAGAGCAAGAACAUUUACACUUAAAAAAAAAAACGCUGACAAAUCAUUCAGAAUGAAUAUUUUUCGGUUCGCUGGAGAUUUAUCGCAUGUAUUUGCCAUAAUAAUACUAUUACUUAAAAUAUGGAAGACAAGAUCAUGCGCUGGCAUAUCUGGCAAGUCUCAGAUAUUAUUCGCUAUCGUUUAUUUGACACGCUAUCUCGACCUGUUCACCACAUACGUCAGCCUCUACAACUCGGUGAUGAAGGUGCUCUUCUUGGCCACAUCGGGCGCCACGGUUUACUUGAUGUAUGUGAAAUUUAAGGCGACCUACGAUCACAAUCAUGAUUCUUUCCGUAUUGAAUUCUUGCUGAUUCCAUGCGCUCUACUCUCAUUGGUGGUUAAUCAUGAGUUUACGUUGAUGGAAGUGCUCUGGACAUUCUCCAUCUAUUUGGAAUCCGUGGCCAUUCUGCCGCAGCUGUUCUUGGUGAGCAAGACGGGAGAGGCUGAAUCUAUAACAAGCCAUUAUCUUUUUGCUCUUGGCUCGUAUCGUGCUCUGUAUCUGCUGAACUGGGUAUAUCGUUACAUGGUGGAGUCACAUUAUGAUCUGAUUGCGAUCUUUGCGGGAAUCGUUCAAACCAUAUUGUAUUGCGAUUUCUUCUAUCUUUAUAUUACCAAAGUGCUCAAAGGCAAAAAGCUACAGCUGCCAGCAUAAAUAGCAGCAAUUAAUUCCAUACGUGUGUGUGUGCGUGUGUUGGUGCCGUCGCUUCAGAUGCAGCGGAGGGAGGCAGAGGAGUUUGGAGAGGACAGCAAUAUUGAAGAUGCGGACCGCUUGGCUAAGCGUUAAUAGUAGUUCUUAUUCACAUAAAAAGAUCACAAAAAAAAAAAAUAAAACGAAAAUAUAUAUAUAUUAAAUGAUAUUGUAUAUCGAAAGGGAACAUUUUUGUGUUGCAUUAGUUUAAAGAAAAUAAGAAAUUUAACUGUGGCCCUAUAAAAUAUGCAAAUACCAACUCAUGCAAAUUAUUAAAGUAUACAAAUAAUGUACAAAUUCUA